AUGGGCGAUAAACGGAAACGAGACCAGGACGCGGGCGACGAAGAUACCGUCGAAGUUGCCGAGGUCAAGAAGUUAAAGAAGAGUGCCGGCGAUAAGGAGAAGAAAGAGAAGAAAUCAAACAAGAAAGAGAAAAAGCGUGCGAAAGAUGAGCAUGUUGACAUAAAUGGAGCCGAGAGCGCGGAAAUGAACAUUGAGAAAUCAGAAAAGAAGAAGAAGAAGGAGAAGAAAGCGAAGAAGCAAGACAAGACGGAGAACGAAAGCACAGAGAAUAGUGCCCAAGUCGCCGCUGCCGGCGAUAUAAAUGGUGAAAAAGAGGAUAAGAAGGAGAGGAAAGAAAAGAAGCAGAAGAAGGAGAAGAAGGAGAAGAAAGAAGGAAAAGGAAAGAAAGAUAAGAAGGACAAGAAGGAAAAGAAAGAAAAGAAGGCCAAGGCAGAAGAUGAAGCCGCGAAGAUGGAACUAGAUGAGCCGAAUAAAAUGCCUGAGGACGCCACUGCUCCAAACAACGAGGCCGAGGAGCCCGCUGUGGAGGAUGCGAAGGAACAGGAAGAUGAUUAUAUCCAUCCCGACCGGAAGGAAGGCAGGUUUAUUGUCUUCAUAAGUAAUCUCCCCUACAGCGCCGACUACGACUCCGUUUCCAAACACUUUGCAAAGCUCCAGCCCAUUCAGAUCCGCGUGCCGCUAGAACGAGGCGGGAAAAAAGGGAGAGGUUUCGCGUUUGUAGAGUUCAGCAAUUAUGAUCGCAUGAAGACUUGCUUGAAAUUAUAUCAUCAUACCAUGUUCGACGACGGAAAAUCGCCCUCGAGAAAGAUAGGUGUGGAGUUAACUGCCGGCGGCGGGGGGUCCAAAUCCGAAACGCGCAAAGCUAGAAUUAUAGAGAAGAACAAGAAACUGAACGAGGAGCGUGCACGUGCGGCAAAAGAAGCGGCGAAGCGCAAGAGAAUUGACGAAAAGAAGCAAGAAGGUCAGGAAGCCGGCGACGACGACGCCCAGGAGACCAAUGAAUUGGCAGACAUCCACCCGAGUCGGAGACGCAGGUUUCAGUGA